GUUCCUGUCUGUUUCUGAGGGAUGGAGCUGAUGAUGGAGACGCAGAAAGAAACUAAUACAAAUGGUGCUGCUUGGCCUUACAGACUAGGACAGCGUGGGAGGAGAAUAACUGAUAAAACCCCAGUGCCAAGAAGCAGCAGUCCUGUAGACCUUUAUGUUGAGUUUCCCUGCAUUGCUGACCAAGCUCUUGCAACAAUCGAAUGGGAAGAUCUGGAGGACUGUGCCUCUGCAGGGAGGCAGGAGAGAAACUCAUUCAGCUUUCAGGUGAACGGGUCUGAUCCAGAUGAGCAGCAUUAUAGAGAUGCACUGGACUUCAUUGCAGAUUCCAGUGAAAUGGGAGAAAGCUGCCUGUCUGAACUUAUCCCGUUUCAGGGAUGUGUUAUACCUCCUCUAACCCCUCAGAGAGAUUUCUCUCCAGAAGAGCACAUGGUUCACUCCUUGACAAAAUCAACUCAGAAUGGAAUUUCAUGGAGGGGUAUUGCUGAGUGCCAUGGGAGUGCACUGGAGGACUCCAUGGCCAUCAACAAACAGCUCCAGGAGACUCUUGACAGGCGACAGAAAGAACUGGACUCCCUUGAGGAAAGAAACCUGGAUCUCAAGCAACUGGCGAGUCGAGCAAAGCACCUUGCCUCAGUUCUUGAAAGACUGAUGACAGUCAGAGAUUCUCAUGCUGAAGAGCUGGCGUUGCCGUGUGGUGAGAACACCUCUCUGAGUCCCUGCAAGAGGCAGCGCCUGGAUGAAGGUUAUGAAACAGAGUCUUCUGACUCAGUGGAGGACAUGCUGAAGGACAUCAGCACGCGCUGUAAUGCUGUCCUGCUCAGCAGCACUGCAGGAGCACUGCAGGAGUCAGACACAAUACCCAUGUACGGUGCAUUCUCAAGCUUCCAGAUGUCCACACCUAAGGGCAGAACUGUGAAUGUUGAUGUCGUGGAGGAUGCAGAAGAUAUCUCAUCUUUCAGAACCCCCGUCAGAGAACACUGCACCAUUCGGACUCAGGUGUUUCCUCAUGGGCAUGUGUUUACUUCAAGGACUCAUCAGGGGGGGUACCGCUUCCGCUGGGUCCCCAACCACUGCUGAAUUUAGAGACUGACACAAGGGUUGUCAAAAUGAAUGUGCCAUGGAUCUGAUGGAGAAUGGAGAAAGGUUUGGAAAGGCAGGCGCUGUUAAUGAUUAACUCCUUAUCUAUAGGGAUAUCAGUGAAUGAUUAAAUGAUGUCUUCCUCAGGUAGCCUGUUAGCCGAUCCAUCAAAAGUGUUGCUUUAAGGAAAUAAGACUGCCCUCUCUGCUGUUUACAUUUUGUUUGUGUUUAACCCCUUUAGGUCUGCCUGAUUUAGCAUUUCUUUUCAGGGUUCCUGGAAUUUUUUUUGCCUUACGA